CAUAGAGGAUCAUUUGUAGCUAGUCACGAGCACCGAGGAGACCUGAAGGAUCCUAUCUUCAUCAUCGACAUCGUACAACCUACUUCUAGCGGUAGCAGCAAAAUGCCAGACUUGUUUCCUCAGCCGUCGAAUAAUGACCACCCUCUCUCUGCCAGAGGGGGUCCCUUAGACGGGCAAGAAAACGACAGCACGGAAUUAGACGCUGCUAUCGAAAACCCAGGUGACCGCAGUGGCCGAGAACGGGAACGACAGAAACUGUCUUCAAAGUUAAGCUCGAGAUUUUUUUCGAGGUGAAAAGGUCCAUCAACUUCACCUAAGGUGAAUCACCUUGCUGAUUGUUUAUAGAAGAUCCACCUAGACCUACAAAAUGUUCUCAUGAAGAGAAAGUUCUGUUGAUUCUGAAGAGCACACUCGAAAGUAUGACUAUAAGUACCACUUUCUCUUCUAUAUCUUCCUGCUCUGGUCUGUCUUUUUUCUAGUUAGGUCGGCUCCACCACAAUUAUAAGUACCACGAAAGUUUUCUUGCAUUUUUUAAGUAAGUACUAAAGUAGAACAAGAUUUUGUAGAAGUUGUACCUUCUAAAAUGAAACGGAGGACGGACUGCAUAUGACACUUUGGACGCUGGGAAACGCGACCCAGAGAGUGGAGAACCUCUGGAAGGACCUUCAUCCAAGAAUUUUGAAGAAGGAGUUAUGACUGAAACUUCUGAAUAACUUGUUACUCGUAGAAGUAAGUUGUUCUAGUGAGAAGGAGAAGAAAUCACCUCAAUCUCUCUGUCCUCUUUGGACUCAUCAGUACUUGUACUUAGUUGCUUGGUCAUUCUAAUUUCCUUUCCUCUACUUCUGGAGCAGCAACAGCAACUACAACGUCCCUUGCAAGUGGGGCCAACCAAGGUACAUGGCGCUUUCUGUUUGCGCAGUUUCUACAUCGACGUGGGUUUCGGACUACACAUGGACAGAUUUGCAUUACUGCACUUGUUGUGUAUGGCGGCAGCUACCUUCUUCUGUGAGACGCCCUAUCAUGGUGGAUUCAAGAAUGUGAGUGUGAUCCCUAGUGGUCGUAUCAAUGUUCAUGAACGACUGGAUGAAAUCAAUCGAGAAGUUUUCGUAGAGAUCGAGAUGGAUGACAGUCUUUCUCUCGUCCGCCAUCUUCUUCUAAUCAUCUGUCUGCAGUUUCUUGCUGUUCUACUCUUGCUGUGCGCCAGAGGUGUUUGAUACGGUAGCGGGUUGGUGUCAUCACAUUGGUUUUUGCAAACUAUUCUGUGUUCCUCGACUGCCCACUUGCUGCGGUUCGAAUCGAGCGUGGCAGUCAUCGAGCUUGUCGAGUUUAUGAGGAAAGUUUUAGACAUAAAUCUUGAGGGUCUUGCACAGGACAACUCACUUUAUGAAUAUUUAUCUUGCAGGUACUUAUCUAGAUCUACGUCUACCUGUGCCUCCUCAUCAGCCUAAGUUAGCUCGAGGUCUUCUUCUAACCACAGGCGAGCUCCAUAGCUAUAUGCACACGACCGGUGACGCGACUGCAUUCGUUCCGAAGAAGCUUGACCGGCAUUGGGUUGAUGAGCCUUUCUUUAUGAAAAGAGAGUGUAGUACCAGUUGAAAAUGUAUGGUUCUGGUAUUUGGUAACCUGAAUUUGAUCCUAAGGGUUCUCUUCUUGUUUUCCCUUAGGGUUAGGAUCAAACUCAGGCUACCAAAUACCAGAACCAUUCAGAAAAGCAAAGAAAUCGAAAAUAUCUUCAGAACGAAUACAUGGUCAUAGAAGAUACAACGGUCAUGCUCAUGCCCUUCUUUUGAGUCGUAGCCCUCUACUUAGGUUCACCCUUCUUCUCCUCCCUUUUCUUCUAACUUCUAUCGUGACGACGAGCUAUCGCGUUUUUCGGAAUUGGGCCACCCCGUGGACACGCUGCAGACUUUGGUUGCCCAGUUUCGUGCUGAAGGCAGGGGCAUCAUUUUUCUCACCGGUGACUCGGCGCUUGACAAUUAAGGAAUUACUUCAGGUUCAGUGUGAUAAAAGCGAUUAUUAAAGACACUCAUUCAUUCAAUAUCUAUGAAUUUGAAUAUCAUCAAAACAAGAAGAUGCAUUGCUGUAGACAUUGCUGUAGUAAAAGUUGUAGGGACGAGGGUAAGUUUGCAAGCCCUUUAGGGUCCUAAACUAUUCUCCACCUGUAGUUCGUUUUCGUACCACGCGAGUAUCAAGGACAUCUUUAGCAAGUAGUUCGUAUUGGACUUGGAGGUAAAUACUUUCACCUUCUAAAACACCAAAGAGUUCGUUUUGAUGGGACCGAAAUAUCCGCUGACACAAUGGGCCCUCCCCUCCAACGGAUACGAAGUCCAGAUGGGAAUGACAACAUUUUUAUGAUAUUGUAGAUGGGAAGCUGCGAAAGUACUUGUACUUGACUAAUUAUAUCUAAUGCUAAUGUUGAUGAUGAUGAUCCUUCUAAACCUAAAGCUUCAGACUUAGAAGGAAUUCUUAAGAAGUUCUUAAGAAGUUCUAAACCUAAAGCUACGUAGUAGAAGAAGUUUUUAAGAACUACCUCCAAGAAGAGCUUCUUCUACUACAUGGUCAAAAGAAAAAGUUACCAUAAGCUUACGUGACCAACGUUUUAGUGUUUAGGCUCUCUCAAUACUCUCACGUCACUCUCCCUUGCUGCACUUCUACGCGGAACCCUUUUUUUUUGUCAGUCUACUUGUCUACAAGAAGUCCACCAACAUUUAUUUACGUGGCUUGAGUCGGGGACGGGGCCCGAACCUACGAACUAAGAGACGGGGCCUGCCUUGUAGAAAAGCUUUCACGUAAGCACUAUCCCUUUUGCUUGUCCUUCCACGUAAGCACUAUCCCUUUUCAUCACAACACGACGCGUCACCGCAAGAAAACAUGCCAGGUCCAGGGAACGCAGCUCCUACAAGCAAAGCGGCUUCGUCUCCUGGUACGUUUGGCAUCAAAGCGAUGUUGCGCGACGUCUCCUGGUGGAUGAGCCAACUGUUGAUGGAUGUGUCUGACUUUCGUGAAAUGGGCCAAGACGUGCUGCCAAAUCUGCGUCCCAGUGAUUCUUCUUAUUCUUAAGGCUGUCAACGUGUGGGUGUGAACGUGUACGAUUUAGAUUUCUGUGUGUAUGUUGGGUCUUCUAAGGUAAAGAAAACAAGAACCAACUCUCACUCAUCUUGCCUUCUAAUCCCCAGCUUAUGCGCCUCUGAAUGCUGCUGUCGCAGGCAGUCAGAUGGGGCAAAGGGUCGCACUUAUUGGAGCAGGUGAAGUCGGAAAAGCACUGUCGACUGUGGGAAUGAUGGCAGGUAUGAUUAUAGCAGCAUCAAUCUUUUUUCAUUUCGUGCAGGCACCAUGUGAUAUUAAAUCUCUCUCACUCUCCCCUAGGCUUUUUAUUUAUCAUGAAGGCCUGUCACUGUCUAGAAUACUACACUCUCGCAAAGUGCAGCAGGUGAGAGCUCUGAGUUCUAGGCUGAGCCUGUUUAGUUUUCCAUUUGCUGUAAAAAGAAUAUAAUCAGUAUUUUGGUCUUCCUCGGUCCACCUACUUAUUUUCAUUCAAAUCACCACAUCAACCACAGCGACAAUCACAGCCACAUCCUCUAUCUGCAUUAAACACAUCAUGGUCAUCAGGCAGUCUCGACGCCAUGUUGCUAUCACGUUUCAGCAGUCAUGAUCAAUUUUUGCGUGCCAAUAUGCAGAGUGGGGACGUCCUGGUGGUCAGUCUGGGCGGCAACGACCUUCUGAAUCCUCGUAACAUGAGGGACCAAGUCUUGGAUCACGAAAAUCCUUCUCAGCAAACCCUUCAAUUAUGGCUCUGUUGUACCACUUAGAUGUGGUACUCGCUUGUAUGAUAUAUGAUAUGCUGAUGUUCCGUUGCUUAAACGACCAAGAAUCUUAACCUUCUAAUCUCAGCUUUCCUGCAUGAGGUCUUUUUUGUCCAGAAGAUGAUAUACAUCAAGUACGUGUGUGGCCUCCAUCGUCCUCGUGCGAUUGUGCUUCCCACAUAUUAUGGCCGAGAUUUGCUAAAAAUCUGCAUCUACUAUAGUCCAAGAACCCUAAAAACUGUAAUAUAACCCUAGUACAAAGCAAGAAUCCUCAUGCUGAUCCAUGAAGUUAGAGGAGUCGCAAUGCUGUAUUUAAAGAACAAGGCAUAUAAAUUAAUAUAACGCAGCAUCCUCAACAUCAUCCUCAGCAUCAUCCUCAACAUCAUCCUCAGCUUGUAGGACAUCCAGCAUUCUGUUUCAUCCUCUAAUCGGACGCCGUCCCUGAGAUGGAUAUGCGAAUGCGCAUCGUGAUGGCUGGAUUAGGCCAUCAGCUGGGCAUGUCGUGGACCAACCUGAUGCCGCAAGUCUUGGACAUGGUGGACAUCGAACACAAAGCGCUGAAAAAAGCCAUCGAAGCAGAAUGGCAGGGCGUAAAAGUGAUUACUUUAUGAUGAUAUUUUUAUGUUACAUACUACUCAUACGUGAUAAUAAAUACAUGACUGUACGUUACAUAAGGAUAAGAAUAAGAAAAUCUAUGAGAUCCGGAUGAUACUGAUGGUGAAGUAAGACAGAACAAAGACAACUUAUAGUACUGGUUCUAGUAGCUUUCGAUCACUUCACCUAUAGUCGAUCACCCUCCAUCGAAUGUUGUAGAAAAUGAAACGUCUUUCUCUCGUUCUCUAAUCCGGAUCCCUGUCCAUCGUGAUCUCGGGUUGGCUGCUGGUUACCCAGAUGUCGUCGGUAUCCACCCAACGAGCCAAGGGGGUAUCAAACUGGCUUAUGGCUACUUGAAGGCCUUGCACGAUGCUCUCUCUGGCGGACGCUAAUACUAGUUGUUGUAAAUAGUGAACAGAAGAGAAUGAAAUGGAAUAGCUGAGGAGGUGGAAAAAGAAAGGACCUGGUAUGAGAACACAUAACGAGGUGGAGUUAAUGAAUUUUACUGACCGAAAAUUUAGAUUACCUAGUUGUAGUUGAAAAUAGAUGUUGCAUGAAAAACAUUUCAAUUUCCCAGAUGAGGAUCUGCAUGAUGCUCAUGAAUAAUUUGUACACGAACACGACGUCGAACCCGAACGAACACCACUUACAGAAUUUCAUAUUAAAGCUUAACCCUAAGCCUCUGCACCAAUUAUACCAAAUACUAAAAAAAUAGUGCCAGAAGAUGACUAUGUCUAAACUAUAUAACUAGAUCAUCAUUUCACAAGUACAGCAUGCAUAAUGAAAGGACUAGAGACAGCAAAAGGACAUAUAAAUACCAUAAAAAAAACAAGAAACUGAUAAUUCACACGAUAAAAUCUAGUAUCUUCCCUAUCUUCAUGAAUGAUGAUCAUAAUUUCGUCGUAAGACCAUUUCCCACUAGCCUGAAGUAACCAUUCAUUUUCGUAGAAGAAGUACUCAUCUAUCUUCAUUAUCACUCACAGCACACUCACACUCACUACGCAUCCUCAUUCCCAUAUUGACGUACUAAACAAAAGUGUUGUUCCCGAAAUCCACAACUGACCACCACCUCUCCUCCAUACCAUACCAGAAGUAAUGCUUUGUUUCUGAUCACGAAAGCGCAUCCGAUGAAGGGAAACGUUCAAGGAAUGAAUGGCUCCCGCUUUGGCUGCUGAUUGAUGCGUGAAUAAUGACAUUAUGUAUGUUGGAGGCCUAAUAUAAACGGAUCCUAAUAUAAACGUGGCCACUAAGAUUUAAUUAGAUAUUUGAAUUACUUGACUUUUUUUCGGUCUUUUGCUUUCUAGUUAGGUGUGCUCCACCGAUAUGACAUUAUGUAUGUUGGAUUUGAAGCAUCAAUUGGAAGAUGAGAACAGAUUUACUAUCACUUUCUACAUCAGCAUACAACUACACCAACAUGGCGGACGAUUUGCUGGAUCGUAGUGCGGAUGUGCGAGC